AGACCCGCGCUCGCCGCCGCCGCCCGCCCAGGCGGCGAUGACACGGCGCCCGCGGCGGCCCCGAGGCGCCGGGCGGGCCGUUUGCUGACCGGAUCGCGGCUGCCCGCCAGCGUGUCCGCCGCGCCGCCGCCAGCAUGGGCUGCGCCCCGAGCAUCCACAUUUCCGAGAACCGGGCGGUGUACCACGGCGGCAAGGAGGCCGAGGACGCGCCGGGCCCCGCGGCGCCGCCGCCGCUGCCGCCCGGCGGGCCGCGCUUCCCACACGGCCCGAAGACCGCCGCCUCGGCCCGGGCCCGAGGCGCCAGCCUCGCGGAGUCCGAGCCUCGCGGCAGCGGCGGCAACCAGGUAGCAAUAGCUGAUGUGCAAUUUGGCCCCAUGAGAUUUCAUCCAGAUCAACUUCAGGUACUUUUAGUGUUUACCAAAGAAGAUAACCAGUGUAAUGGAUUCUGUAGGGCAUGUGAAAAAGCAGGGUUUAAGUGUACAGUUACCAAGGAGGCUCAUACUGUCCUUGCCUGUUUCCUGGACAAACAUCACGACAUCAUCAUCAUAGACCACAGAAAUCCCCGGCAGCUGGAUGCAGAGGCGCUGUGCAGGUCUAUCAGAUCAUCAAAACUGUCAGAAAACACAGUUAUUAUUGGUGUAGUACGAAGGGUGGAUAGAGAUGAGUCAUCUGUAAUGUCCCUCAUUGCUGCUGGCUUUACAAGGAGGUAUGUAGAAAACCCCAGCCUCAUGGCCUGUUACAAUGAACUGCUCCAGCUGGAAUUUGGAGAGGUGCGAUCACAGCUGAAACUCAGGGCUUGUAACUCAGUAUUUGCUGCAUUAGAGAAAAGUCAAGAAGCAAUUGAAAUUACAAGUGAAGACCACAUUAUACAGUAUGCAAAUCCGGCAUUUGAAACAACAAUGGGCUAUCAGUCAGGUGAAUUAAUCGGGAAGGAGUUAGCAGAAGUGCCUAUAAAUGAAAAAAAGGCUGAUUUGCUUGACACUAUAAAUUCAUGCAUCAGGAUAGGCAAGGAGUGGCAAGGGAUUUACUCUGCCAGAAAGAAAAACGGAGACAAUGUACAACAGAAUGUGAAGAUAAUACCUGUCAUGGGACAGGGAGGAAAAAUUAGACACUAUGUGUCCAUUAUCAGAGUGUGCAAUGGCAACAGUAAGGCUGAGAAAAUAACUGAAUGUGUUCAGUCUGACACUCAUACAGAUAAUCAGACAGGCAAACAUAAAGACAGGAGAAAAAGCUCCCUGGAUGUCAGAACUGUUGCCUCUCGAGCAAGCGAAGUUUCCAGCCAGAGACGACACUCCUCCAUGGCCCGGAUACAUUCCAUGACGAUCGAGGCGCCCAUCACCAAGGUAAUCAAUAUCAUCAAUGCUGCCCAGGAAAGCAGUCCCAUGCCUGUGACAGAAGCCUUAGACCGUGUGCUAGAAAUUCUGAGAACCACUGAAUUAUAUUCACCACAGUUUGGUGCUAAGGAUGAUGAUCCUCAUGCCAAUGACCUUGUUGGGGGCUUAAUGUCUGAUGGUUUGCGAAGACUAUCUGGGAAUGAAUAUGUUCUUUCAACAAAAAGCCUUCAACAAGUUUCCAGCAGUAUAAUCACCCCCAUCUCCCUUCACGACAUCCCACCACGGAUAGCUCGGGCCAUGGAAAAUGAGGAAUACUGGGACUUUGACAUUUUUGAACUUGAGGCUGCCACUCAUAAAAGGCCUUUGAUUUAUCUUGGUCUCAAAACGUUUGCUCGCUUUGGAGUCUGUGAAUUUUUAAACUGCUCCGAGACAACACUGAGAUCGUGGUUACAAAUUAUCGAAGCCAAUUAUCAUUCUUCUAACCCCUACCACAAUUCUACACAUGCUGCCGAUGUGCUUCAUGCCACUGCCUAUUUUCUCUGCAAAGAGAGGAUAAAGCAAACUUUAGAUCCACUUGAUGAGGUCGCUGCCCUCAUUGCAGCCACUAUUCAUGAUGUGGACCAUCCCGGGAGAACCAACUCCUUCCUCUGCAAUGCUGGCAGCGAGCUGGCCAUCUUGUAUAAUGACACUGCAGUGCUGGAGAGCCACCAUGCGGCCUUGGCCUUCCAGCUGACCACUGGAGAUGAUAAAUGCAAUAUCUUUAAAAACAUGGAGAGGAAUGAUUACCGGACGCUGCGCCAGGGUAUUAUCGACAUGGUCUUAGCCACCGAAAUGACAAAGCACUUCGAGCAUGUCAACAAGUUUGUCAACAGCAUCAACAAGCCCUUGGCAGCAUUAGAAGAAGAUGGGGAAACUGAUAAAGGUCAAGAAGCCAUAAACACUAUGCUCAGGACUCUAGAGAACCGGACUCUGAUCAAACGAAUGCUGAUUAAGUGUGCUGAUGUCUCCAAUCCCUGCCGACCCCUGGAGCAGUGCAUUGAGUGGGCCGCACGCAUCUCAGAAGAAUAUUUUUCUCAGACUGAUGAAGAGAAGCAACAGGACUUGCCUGUGGUGAUGCCAGUUUUUGACAGAAAUACCUGCAGCAUCCCCAAGUCGCAGAUCUCCUUCAUUGACUACUUCAUCACGGACAUGUUCGAUGCCUGGGACGCCUUUGUAGACCUACCUGAGUUAAUGCAGCAUCUUGACAACAACUUUAAAUACUGGAAAGGACUGGACGAAAUGAAGCUGCGGAGCCUCCGCCCGCCUCCUGAAUAGUGCGCGACAGAGCCGGGGCCCCAACGCCAUGCCCCUCUGGUCAUCUGAAUCCCUGAGUGCAGCCAGAUUCCUUGGUCUUUUCCAUAUUAGGCAGGACAGAACCCCGGUCUGCAGAGCCUGUAAAAGCACACGAGGACGUCAGUAACCUUCCUUAAACACCAUCUGAUGCCACUGCCAUAAAGUGAGACUUAGUCCACUGUACCUGGGCCUGCUGCUCUUGAGAAGGUCACACGAGGACCAUGGUUUGCAUUUGCUGCCAUUAAAACAUGAGCUCAGGACUGCCCCUGCAAAGGAUAUUGAUGGAUUUCCUGCCAGUGACAGAGAAGGCCUUGUUGCAGAGAAUUCUCUCAGUUACGUUCUGCACUAAAGAACAGCUAAUGGCAAUCGGAUCUUUUCACCGCAUAGAAGGUGCAGUCACUCUGGAACACUACUGAAAGUGACUUCUCAAAUUGAAUAGCAAAUGAAAGACAAAUUUUGAAGUUUGAUUAUUAAUAUCAAAUAUUGAAAUGUUUUAUUUAUUUUAUUAGAAGUUCAAUAUUUUCUGUGAAUUUAAAAAUACUUUAAAGCCAAAGCCAACUUGAAAUGCCAUGACCAAAUUCACAUGAUUCAUAGUCCUUAAAUAUGUAUUACUUGGUGUACAGACUUAUUUUCAUAAUGCAAAUUUAAAGACAUAAAAUGACAUUUUUACUGGACUGUAGAAAUAUUUGUGUGUGUUAAACUUUUCUGAUUGAUGCUCAUCAGGCAAAGCUGUUUUGCGGGUGGGUCUGAGUCCAGAAGAGCUGAGUGAGAAGGGCCCCUUCUGUGGGGAUCGGGGCUCUGAGACAGCUCAUGCUGUCUGAUGGGCCGUGCAGGUGACUCCUCAAAGGGAAAGAAAUUACUAGGACUUCACACUUUUUUCCUGAAAUUUUAUAACUGAAUUUCCACAGGUCUGCCUUAUUUUAUACAGUGUUUCUAUAAGAUAUUUCCCGAUAAAAACAGCGAAAAUGAAAUAUUUAGUGAAUUGACAUUUUAUAACCAGUCUUGUUUUUUCAUCUGCGUUAGGAAUCUUUGAUUCCAGGAAUUUAUAAAGGUUCUGUAUCUUCACAUUUUGAACAAGUGUAGUACCAUAAAAAAAUGACACCUGGUGACAUGUCAAACGCUUGUCAUUUCCUUUUAAACUUGUAUGUUUUUUUCCAGAUAAAAAUGAAAUUAAACUAUUUGUUUUUAAAAAAAAAAA